AUGGUACUAAAGCGGAAUCGCAGCAUCCCACUCAAACUAGCGCUCCGCCACAGCCUGCAGCUGCAUCCACGCUGCAAGUUCUAUCUGGCGUUUGAGAACUCCAUCCACAAAGAUUACAUUACUGAGAAACUGUACAACCCACUCUCAGUGGGGACAGUGCCAGUGGUUCUCGGCCCACCCAGGCAGAAUUACGAGAACUUUAUCCAGGGAGACUCCUUCAUUCAUGUUGACGACUUCAGCUCGCCCAAGGAAUUGGCUGAUUACCUGCUGCUCCUGGACAAAAAUGAGGAAAUGUACCUCAGGUACUUUGAGUGGCGGCGACACUUUAAAGUAAAGAAGGCCUAUUUUUGGGCAGAGCACACAUGCCUGGCUUGUGAUUACUUGCGAAGGCACAAGGAAUACAAGGCAUUCAAUAGCCUUGAUAAGUGGUACUGGGGCGGUUAGAGAUUUGAAGGGCUGUGUGUGAGGGGCUAAGCAGCCAAGAACACAGGUAAAAAAUUUCUUCAAAAAGGGUUUUCUUUAUUUUAACCCUCAAAAAGUUCAAAAAAGACUAAAUUCAAAAACAUAAGUAGCAAGCCCAUAAAAGAGGUCAACUAAAUGUAACUCUACAAAAAGUAAUUUUCAGAAGCUUAAACAAACAAAGUGGACAUAACUUAACUCCCAAACCACCCUAAUUACAAAGACACAAGAGAGUAGCUUUUAUAGUGGUUUGGCCGUUUACACACAAUAGGGGGAAAACAAAAUCACACUCUAAUAUUAACUAAGCACAGAAUAACCUAAGUAAACCUAAAACAUCCCUGUUCCUGAUGAGCACAUGGUUGGUCCUUCUGAGCAGGCCUAUUGUUCUCAGAGUCCUCAGCCAUGCAUUUUGCCCCCCCCCCCCAUACCAGUUGGUGGCGGUAAUGCAUCUUUCAGUUGUUUGCCAACCAACAAUAAAAAUUUAGAAGAAGAAGGUCCCUUUUUCCCAGACAGGAAACAGCCACCGCCCAAACCCAGGUAACUCAAAAAAAACAAAAACAUAAUUAAUAUAAGAGAAAACAUUUUUAGAAAAACCACACAACGCUAUUAUGUGCGCGCCUCAUAAUAUCAGUGUUAGGUUUAACCAAAUGAUUAAUGAAUUAUAUUAAUGAAGAAAACUGCAAAACAAACUAAUAAAGUGAACAAAUGGACUGAUUUACCCAUGUGUGGCUGAUGCCAUCACACUGUGUGAUUUUUGUUAUGUUGUUGAAGGCAGUACUGUAAGAUUUUUGUCCUUCAGUUAACACAAAGGUUCGUUGCUGUUCUGUCGUGAGCAGCUGAAUGGUGUCUUUCUAUUGGUUCAGAGGCCCAGUGACACAUCUAGCUUGUUCUUUUUUUGUCCUUUGAAUUUUAGUUAAGCCUUA